AGCAGAUAGAUAGUUAGGACUUACGAAUAGCAGCCACCAACAUGAUUUUACCAAAGCCACCGCAGCACUUCCACUGCAGAUCACCACACGUAGUUGCCGCCCUCCACCUGCUACUUCUUCUCGGUGCCGCGCUGACAAUGGCGAGCAGGACAGCAAGCGCACACGGCGUCCACGCGCCAUGCUGCAACCUGCUCCAGGGGGUGAACCUGGUGCCGUGCCUGUCGAUGGCGGGCAGCGGCGGCGCCGUGAACAUCAGUGGCGCCUGCUGCGCGUCGCUGAACCAGGCCCUGGACGCCGGCCGCCGCUGCGUGUGCUCGCUCCUGCUGGCCAACGGCGUGCUCGCCGGCCUCGUCGCCGCGCUGAUCCCCACGCUCCCGCUCGUGCUCCCGCUGCCCGGAUGCUACCUCUACGCCCCUCCCCUCGCAGCUUGCCAAGUGACGCUGCUGCAGACGAACUAUGAAUCGCCGGCAGCGGCAUCAGCAGCGCCUGCGGCUGUGGGUGAUGCUGCUGGCGGCGCGACCGACUCGCCGCCUCCUCAGGCCGCCGCUGCCCUGCUACCGAAGAAUGGCAGUGCGGCUGGGACUACGGACGGGAGCGCCGGCAAUGGCUCUAGGGUGGAGAGCCUUAGACGCAGUGACGCGAGCCGGCGUCCCGGGGUUGGUGAGGGUAGAACGUACUACGUGCUGAUCCCUGUGGUGGUCAUGGCUGUAUUUUGGUUCAGUUACGCUGCGGUUCAUGAUUUUGUAGGAUCAAAUUGA